AUGGCCGCCGUGUGGAGCCUCUCGCGCUUCCCCGACCGCUUCGAGGUCGAGGCCUGGGACCGCAUGCCGCAGGCCGGCGGCGUCGCCACCUCCGAACCCAUCGCCAGCGACGCCAAGGCCAGCCACGACGCCGGCAACGCGAGCACUUUCAUCAACGACGGCGUGCAGGCCGCGGCGCCGACCUACCGCAACGCGCUGCUCAUGAUGGACGAGUUCGGGUUCAGUGGCAGCCCGUUCCACAUUACGAUCUCCUUCGGCCGGGGCGACCACCACUGGGCCAACUACCGCUCGUCGCCGCUCGUGCGGCGACUGCAGCCCGAGAUCGCGCGCUUCGGCCGUGCGCUGCGGUGGAUCAACCGGCUCGAGCCGCUGUUCGUGUUCGUGCCCAUCCGGCUGGUCCUGCGUGCGCUGGGCUUCAGCGCCGACUUCCGCAACCGGCUGGUGUUCCCGCUCGUGGCGGUCUUCUUCGGCACAGGCAACCAGACGCCCAACGUGUCGGCCGCCAUCAUCGCGCGCGUCUUUCUCGACGACGACCUGCGGCUGUUCGAAUACGACCCCGACACGCUCCUCAGCCAGAAGCCGCUCAUGUACGCCUUUCCCAGCCUCGGCCAAGUCUACCGCACCAUGCAGCAGAAGCUCGAGUCAACGUCGGCCACGACCGAUCAACAGCCACGACGCGCGGUCAAGUUCAGAAACAACUGCACGGUGCGGGAGGUGCGGCGGCUGGCGGACAGGGUGGUGGUGACGGACAGCGAGGGCCACAGCGCCGAGUUCGACGAGAUCAUCUUUGCGUGCGACGCCGAGCAGGCGCUCAAGAUGAUCGCCGAGCCCACGCGCAUGGAGCGAUUCGCGCUGGGCAACGUGGAGUUCUUCAACGACGUCACCGUCACGCACAGCGACCUCGACUACAUGCACAAGCACUACGAGCUCAACCUGGGUCCCGAUGGCGACCAGUACUUCACCCGCACCGACGAAAGCGACCCCGAAAAGAUCGAGAUGAGCUUCAAUCUGUGCCAGUACCAACCGCAGCUGGCCGGGCGCGACCGACAGCAGGGUAACAUCUUCCAGACGAUCUUCCUCGACGACAACUGCUCCGCGAUGUGGACCAUCGACGCCAUCGACCCGGCCAAGGUGCUGCUGCGCAAGUGGUGGCGCCAGUUCGCCCACACCUGGCGACACUACGCCUUCACCGUGCCGUGGAUGCGGUUCGUCCAGGGCCGCCACCGGAGCUGGUUCUGCGGCAGCUACACGUUGGUCAACACGCACGAGAUCGCCGUCAUCUCGGGUCUCGCGGCAGCUCACCGGGUCGGCGCCACCUACCCCUUCUUCGACCGCGACCCGCUGGCGGCCAAGCAGUUCCGCACCUACAUGGGCCUCUCCCACGGCGUCGCCGUCUGA